UUUUAAUUAAUAUUAUAUUACAUUUUUAUAUCAAUAAAAAAUAAUUAUAUAUAAGAAUAUGUCCAAUGUUCUGUUGAAUAAUCUGUGUUAGACCUAUGUUUAUAAUUAUGACAAUGUGGUAUCACCCGUAUUAGACAAUACACGGUAAACCAACUAUACGCCUUACCCUCGUAUUCUCUAGUUAAUGACAUUCUCUAAUGUUAAUGUACGAUGGUAUGCGCUUGUCAAUUCUUAGUUCGUUCCUAUCUAGUUGAAAUGACUCAAAGAUUACAUAUACCUUGCCACCUUGGCACUAUUCAGUUUAAUAAAACUUCAUUGACACAUAUGGUCGGAAACACUUUUAUUGUAUUAAAACACACAUAAAUAAAACACUUAGCAAAUUCAGAUCACCUAGCCCGUACUACGAUCGGCGUUUCACAUGCAAGUCGUAGCUACGUCCUCGCCGAAUCACUCAGCGACACUGGGUGCCGUGCCUGCGCGUACGGCGGUGUUAUAUAGAAAAUGAAAUAUAGAAGGUGAAAUAAAUCGUCUUGAAUAUCUAAAGUCAAUUUCCUUUAAAUUUAUACCUACAAAAUUUUAAAAUUUUUUAAUAUUUUAUAAUAAAUAAUAUAUUAUAAUUGGGUUAUAUUUCCGUUUCUUAUAAGAUUUAAUAUUAAGUCUCAUAAAUUUGAACGUGGAAAUCGGCUCCAAAUAAUUGAUAGGCUAACGUUUUUAUUAUUCGUUUUAUAAUAAUUAAAUGCUCCUGCUCGAACACCAUAAAUUAUAUAAUACACACACAGCACUACCGUUAAACCGGUUUGUGAAUUCCUGAUUUCCGAUAAUAAUACAAAACUCGGCGUCUCAGUGUCGCAUUCCCCUCGACUAAAAUUACAGAGAAAAAACUGGUCACCGCUACUCAUGACUCCAUGGUUGGGAGGGGGUGGGGGUGGACCCAAUACGAUCGUCGUUCUCCCGAUAUCUCAAUGGCCGACAGUUGAAACUAACCACAAACAUCGGUGCAUCGACGACGAUUCCACGUGACACCGACUCCACGCGCCAAGAUAACAGGCAGACUUCCAGUUAUUAAAAGUUAUUUAACUCAUCGUUAAACGUAAUUGGUUAAAUAAUUGUAAUAUUCGGAUGAGUAUUUUCAGUGUUUAACGACACAAUUAAAACAAAGUAAAUGACACGAUAACAGUCAAAAGAUAAGAAUCUGUACAUUAAACAAUAUAAUUCAAGUUAUGUUCAUAUAAUUAGCAGAAUGAGUUCCUCGAUAUCUAUACAUCUGUGGAUUUGUAUUUUGGUAUUCUUACCAUCAUGUUACAGAGGUCGAGCUGAGUUCUACUUUAAAGAUGAUGGUUUGAUGAUAAAAAGAACUGACUGGUACAAACAUCUCAAAACCAAAGAAUUAGAUGAUCAUAUUAAAACAUUUGUCAGCGAUAUUGAGAGACGUGAGGAGGAUAAAUUAUGGUUUGGGUUAAAUAUGGAUAUUGGAAGCCCGGAGCAUGGACUUUUGAUCGAUUCUCAGCUUUCCGAAGAACUGUAUUCAUUAUAUAGGCAUGCUGAAAUUGUUUCUGAAGCUUCCUCCUUUAUACGCCAUAGAGAAUGUCAAGAUGGUGGAGGACAAUGUGCCAUAGACUUAUCGAAAGUGAAACUAGACAAGACAUCUUUGGGUAAUAUUUGUUUGUCCAUGUUUUACAACAAAACAGCAUGCAUCGGGAUGAACUUGAAGUAUCGUAGUCCUGACGGUUCUUGUAACAACUUGAAACGUUACUACUCGGGAAAAGCAACCACGGCUUAUAAACGUUUGCUGUUUAAUAACUAUAUUAACAGUUUUGAUAGAGUUAAGGAAGAGUAUUUUUCAUCUUACAGACCCAGUCCUAGAAGGCUGAGCGUUGAAUUUGUCAAAGAAGAGCACUCACCAGAUGACUUCAAAACGAUGGCAAUGGCGUACUGGACGAUUUUUGUAGGCCAUGAUCUAUCUCACACGGCAAUGUCUAGAAUGCUGAUUAGUAAUAAAUCCGUGAGCUGCUGUGCAGAAAGACGGUUGCAACUCAUGCCUAGAAGCAUAUACCACGAGUUGUGCUUGCAAGUUAUGAUACCGGAUGGAGAUCCAUUUUUCCGUAACCCUCAUCGUUGUAUGCACUACGCGCGUUCGGUGCCAGCUGUGCGUUCCGAUUGUACUUUUGGAGUCAGGGAACAAAUGAACCAAGCUACUCAUUAUUUAGAUGGGUCGAUGAUAUACGGUUCGUCGGCGAAACGGACGUGGUCGUUGAGGACCAACUUGGACGGCCAACUAUUGACAAGCAUGGGCUGCGAUAACAAGAACCAUGGCGACCAGCUACAGCCGCAGUAUAUGCCGCUGGAAGACACAGAAUCAAUCGCCUGUCAGUAUGGCAGCGGCACGUGUUAUAGAGCUGGUGACAUCCGGGCAAAUGCGCUUCCCCAAUUGACGGUCAUGCACACAUUGUGGAUGAGGGAACACAACCGGUUGGCCAAACUACUGUCCCACGUCAACCCGCACUGGGACGACGAACGUAUUUUUCAGGAGGCCAGGAAAAUCGUUACGGCAUCCAUUCAGCACAUAACUUACGCUGAGUGGCUGCCAGCGCUGCUCGGGGAAAACUACACCAGGCGGAACGGGCUUGAGCUGCCGACAAAAGGCUACAGUAACGCGUACAACGAGACCACCGACCCGAGCGUCAGCAACAGCUUUGCGACCGCAAUAUUACCAUUCGCCAAUUCCAUGUUAAGCGACACCAUCAGUUUAUAUACGGAAGGCCGAAUGAUCAACGCAAGUCUUUCACUAAAGGAACAUUACAACCGACCAACUGGUUUACUAUUAAAUUACAUGGAUCAGCUUGUCAGAGGGCUAUCUACACAGAAUACACAAAAAAUUGAUAUGCUAUUUACUAAAACGCUUACAAAUUACUUAUACAGUGUUUAUCCAAACCACGCGUUUGGAAUGGACAUCGUCAGCUUGGAUAUACAACGAACCCGCGAUCAUGGUAUACCAAGCUACACAGAAUUUAGAAAAUAUUGUCGACUAAAAGCUAUCAGAAGUGUACAAGAUUUAUCCAAGAUCAUGGUUGAAGGCUCAACUGAUAGACUAUUGAAGCAAUACAAACAUUGGAGAGAUAUAGAGCUUUUGGUAGGUGCAUUGUUUGAGAAACAUGAAGAAGACUCAAUGGUUGGCCCAACGAUGAGAUGUAUCAUUAGAGAACAGUUUAUAAGAACUAGAAUGGCAGAUAGAUAUUUUUACGAUUUACCAAAUAUAUUCAAUGAAUAUCAACUGACAGAAAUCAGAAAAGUGACGCUUGCCAGAAUCUUUUGUGAUAACAGCAAUAAUGUCACAAUGAUGCAGAAAAAAGUAUUUUUGAUACCUGCAAUGGCUGAUUUGCAACUCUGUAAUUCCCAAUCAAUUCCAAAAAUCAACAUCAAUCACUGGUCAGAGAUGGUCGAUACAUUUAAAAAAUAACUUUAAAUUUAAUAAUCAAUAAUCAGUGGAAGUACCUUCACUGGAUGGUUUGUUCCCUCAAGUAACUCAAGCCAUUGCAUUUAAUUUUAUUUAAAAAACAUACAUUAGGCUUAUUGUACUUUUUUUUAGUAUAGAUUGUAUAAGUUCUAGAUUAAAAAAAAUAAUCAAUAAUCAGCCUUUAAUCUAACCUUAUUUUCAUUUUACCUAUAUAAUUUAUCUUGUCUUUAAUAAAUAUUUUUAAAUUAAUUAUGAGUCUAAAAGUUGCUAUGUUACGCACUUGUAAGACGGAGACAACAAAUUUCACUGUAACGGCCCAUUAUGGCCAAAAAAAUAAAAAUAUUUUUGUCUGUCACAGAAAAAUUAUAGUCAGGCCAAAAUACAAACAUGAUAAAUUUUAGGUAUGUAUACUCUGCAACACCUCAAAUGAUGGCUCUGCUUUUGCCCAAAUACCGAUUUUUAUGUUUCACAUAAACUACACCAUAUUAAUAUGACAAUAUGAACUACCCACACAGCCUUUGUCAAUCAAAAAAUUGUAUAAAUAUUAAAUUUGAUAUGGAUUUAGAUAUUUAAAUUUAAAAGUUAAUGAAUUAUUGAUAAAAUAUUUUAAUUUUUACGCUGUAACCAAAACAUUGUAAAGUUAUGAAUAAAUAUUGGCUCAACAAUAU